GAGAGCAUUGCUGGUGGGCAUGGACUGUUUUUACUUGUUCAGGAAGUUUGUGCCCCGGGAAAUAUGGAAGAGGAAAGUGGAACCAGAAAUGACAAUCCUCUGAAUUUGGUGUCUACGAAUUUUAGCGGAAAAGCCAAUGAAGUCUCUCAUUUACCUGAAGAUGAUCCGGCCCAGAACUUCAUUUUGUCUGAUGGAAAAUGUGGCAACCAGAUUAAUGCUCUGCCUUUAGCUGAGUGGAUUGAGACCCCGAGAUUAUGUCACAAUUAUGUCGACUAUCUCACAGAAAGUUCAACUUUUUUCCCCAAGGCUUCUACUGAAGACGUGUUGGAGAGCGUUCCUUCAAGUGUUGGUGGAAUACAGUCUGUUCCCGGUGGUGUCUCUAAAAUCCAAAGUGAUAUAAUGUACAACAACUUUGGAAUGGCUCCUGCUUCAAAACCUGUUGGUUCCUUACAUGACAUGGAUACUUCUAAGGUAUGGUUUCUUAGGCCACAUGAUGAAGGGGAACCCGGUAAUAAAUCUAUUAGCAACCAAUGUCAGAUCCAUGUUCAGCAUCAAGCAUUACAGGAUUCUCUCAAGAAUCAUACUUCUUGGGCACAAGAAUUGGUUGGACAUAACGAUAAUGUUUCUCAACUUGAUCCUGAAAUUGUUACAACACCUGGUUUCUCGUCCAAAUCACUUCGCAGAAAGGGAGCUAUGGCAACUGAUCGAAAUCGCAGGCUACGAAUUGCUGAGAGAAUCAAUGCAUUGCAAGAACUGCUUCCAUAUUCUGCAGAGGGUGGUCAAGCAUCUGUACUGGAUGAUAUCAUCGACUAUAUCAAGUAUUUGCAGCUUCAAAUAAAGGACUUAAGUCGAAGCAGACUGGGAGGUGAAUCAAGUGCUGAACCUCUCAUUUUCCGCGAGGGAUAUGGCCACUACCUUAGCCAGCAGAUGCUGAAUGAACCUCUUGAAGAGAUGGUGGGAAAAUUGCUGGAGGAAAACCCAAUAGCUGCAGCCCAGCUCUUGGAGAGUAAGGGUCUUUUCGUAAUGCCCAUUGAUUUGGCUGAUGGAUUAUGCCAAAUCAUAUAGAGUAUGGACAAUUGGGAUGGCUCAUAUAUGCUAGACUUUCAGCCUUUGCUUAUAUUACUCUCUUUCCCUAACCUUUUCGUGGCUUUGUGUCGGAUACUGAAAUUUCUCUCUUGAGUGAUUCUUCUGCAAAAAUUACUCAAAAAAGUGAGAAAUUUGACAGUGUUAGUUGUGCAGUUUCCAUUUCAUGUACUUGGUUUUGUAUUACUACCUUUGCUGUAUGAACACACGAGUGAGCUAUU